AUGCCGCCACAAUUUUCUCACCACACACUGGUUUUAUUUCGUAGCUAUAGACAACUUGGUACCUUGAGUCGCAUCAUGGGUAGGGAAAAUAUUCUCAGAUAUCAAUUAGAACAUGACAACGAGACGGACUUGGCGCUGGCCGAUUAUCUCAAGACUUCAGCUCGUGCUAGUUCUCACUCCCAUACUCCAUUUCUGUUGCUGAAGGAGUCCACCAAGAAGGAUUUUUUGGAUAACAAUCGUUACUUUGUUGAUUCCAUCAAACAUAACCAUUCAUCUGAGGUAUUUGAACUUAAUGGAAGAGGACAAUCUCCUCAUACUUUAUGGAUCGGAUGCUCUGAUUCUCGUGCUGGAGAAAGCUGUUUGGCUACUCUUCCAGGUGAGAUUUUCACCCAUAGAAACAUUGCCAACAUUAUCACUGCUAGUGAUAUUUCUUCACAAGGUAUCAUUCAAUUUGCAAUCGAUGUUCUCAAAGUUAAAAAAAUCAUUGUUUGUGGUCACACCGAUUGUGGAGGCGUAUGGGCAUCGCUCUCGUCCAAGAAGAUUGGUGGGGUACUUGAUUUAUGGCUCAAUCCUAUCCGUCACAUUAGAGCUGCCAAUUUGAAACUCCUCAAUGAGUACAAUGAUGAUCCUAAAAUGAAGGCUCGUAAGUUGGCAGAACUUAAUGUGGUGCUGUCUGUGAUGGCGCUCAAGCGUCACCCAUCUGCCUCGAUGGCUCUUAAAAAUGGCGAAAUCGAGGUGUGGGGAAUGAUGUACGAUGUGAGCACCGGCUACUUGAACGAGCUUGAAAUUCCAGAUGAUGAGUUUGAAGACUUGUUCCACGUGCACGAUGAGUCGGACGAUAUCAACCCUCAUUAA